GGCCUUUCGCACCCAACGACCACGAUCGUCGGCGCGCUCUUGAAUAUUUUCCUUGUCGUUCUACGCUCCCAACAUGUUUUCUCUGGUGGGGAGUAGGCUUUUUGUACCUUUGCUAACGCGCAAUGCGUUGUUGACGCGUGUGGCGCCGUUAUCGACGCUGCAACAUACGGUCCGUCGGACGUUCUUGACGACCGCGACGCUUUGGGAGCCGGCGAAGAAGGCGGAGCCAAAGACGGCGGGGCGCAAGAAGACGACGACCACGACCAAGUCUACGACUAAGACUAAGCCGAAGGCGAAGAAGGCGGCUCCCAAGAAGAAAGUUGCGUCCAAGGCCGUCGCGAAGAAACCCAAGGCAAGAAAGGUCAAGCCGGCGAAGAAGGUGCCGGUGUAUAAACCGAGCAUGAUUCGCGACGGUCCGCCGAAGCGCCCUCCCAGCCCGUUCAUACUCUUCAGCUUGAAAUACCGAGCUGGCAUGGAUCUCAAGGGGGACAGGCAGAAGGUCAUUCAGUCGUCCAAGGACGCCGGUGCUGCAUGGAGAGCAUUGACGGAGCACGAGAAGCAGGCCUUCGUCGAUGAGAAUCAAGCGUUGCAGCCGGCUUACCGCGAAAAGCUCGCCGAAUACACCAAGAACGCGGAUAUCACAAUCAUCAAAGCGUUGAACAAGAAGCGCGUGGAAGCUGGAAAGCCUAGAAUCCGCAUACACAAGGCGCACCCCAAGCCGAUGACCUCGUUCUUACGGUUCUAUCAGGAGCAGCUGGCGAAACGGUCGCCCGACAUGCCCGUGAAAGAGGUGACGCGCGCGGCAGCCCAGACUUGGAAGACCAUGACCGAAGCUGAGAAGAAGCCGUACGCCGACGCGUGGUUACAGGAGAAGGAAGCGCGUGCGAAGUAACCUGUGGUCCACAGAAUAUGCUAUGUCCUUAUUUCCACCUGAUGUUUGCUCCCUAUAUUCGUCGUUCGUUCUUAAUAACAUCAGUGCGCGGUCGAUUGAG